GUGCAUCGUUUGGUUGGAAUGAUAUGUGAUGUGAAUGAAAUGGGGGAAAAAUAAUAUAAAAGUUUAGCUACACUGUAAACAGGGAAUAGUUAUUAAGCGCCUAAAGCAGUGAUACAUAGUGUCUAGUUACUUGUUGUUAAGUGUUACAGAAGUGCACAGUACUAGCGAUAACCUUUUCCUAAGAUAACAACAGCUUGCUUACAUAAGCUGUGAUUUGAAGCGUGUUCCGGUGAUUUUCCCUUUCCAUCCAAGGAACACUCAACUGAAACUCUACAAAAGACAACGUCCACCCUCUAAGACUACAAAAGAAAGGCUUCAUCAUGUAUAAAGUUGAUGAAAACUAUCCAAUAAAAGACCUCGCGCCGGCGUUCCCUUUCCGGGAGGUACAGCUCAAGCUGGACGUCGACCCGAAACACCAGUUCGAGAUAUUGCCAGAGCUGGGACGGGGGACCUUCGGGACGGUGUUUCAUUGUCGGGAGAAGGGGAGCGGGCUGGAGCUGGCGGCCAAAAUUGUGCCGUACAAGAAGAAGAAGGAUCGCGGUGACAUGGUGCGCGAGAUCGACAUCAUGAGCUGCCUGCACCAUCCGCGGCUGAUCCAGCUGUACGAUGCGUUCGACUACGAGAACAAAUUCUACGUCAUCCUCGAGCUCAUUCAAGGUGGCGAGCUGUUCGAGCGCGUCAUUGACGACGAUUUCGUGCUGACGGAGAAAGCGUGCGCCGUCUUCAUGCGGCAGAUCUGCGAGGGCAUGGAGUACAUUCACAGCCGGAGCAUCAUCCACCUAGACAUGAAGCCAGAAAACAUUCUCUGCCUCACAAAGACGGGCAACCGGAUCAAGAUCAUCGACUUCGGGUUCGCGCGUCGCUACGAUCCGGGCAAAAAGCUGCAGGUGAUGUUCGGUACGGCCGAGUUUGCCGCCCCGGAGGUGCUUAAUUUCGACGAAAUCUACUUCUACACCGACAUGUGGAGCCUGGGGGUGAUCUGCUACGUACUCCUGUCCGGACUGUCACCGUUCGUUGGCGGCGACGACCAGGCAACGAUGACCAAUGUUCUCCAGGGUACGUACACGUUCGACUACAAAUCGUUCGACGCGGUGUCGGAAAGUGCGAAGGAUUUCGUCCGCAAGCUGCUGGUGCGGGACGGCGAGAAGCGGCUAACGGCACGGAAGGCCCUGCGGCAUCCGUGGCUCGCAGAAACGACAGCUCAGAGCACCACCGAGCUAUCUGUGACAAAAACAAAGUUGAAACGCUAUGUUAUCAAGAAGCGCUGGAUCAAGGCGGUCAAUACGAUCAUUGCGCUGAGGCGAAUGGGUGCGCGGAUCGAUUAUGAUUUGGUGUGAGAGAGAGGGAGAGUAGAAGACGGCUUCCUUUUUUAAUCUUGUUACAGCGCGCCGAGGUGCCGAGACACGCAGAUUCAACCGGUCGGAAAUCAUCGGACACGAACAAACCAAACAGGGACCACUGUAAAACAACGUUUCACGACUAGCGGGAAGACAUCUCGACCCGUAGGUAGUGCGGAAGAAUAAAUGUGGAGGAAUGUUACUGCUUUAAACACACAUAGACACAUGCUCCCUUUGCUUUCCGAUUCACCACCACUAAUUGCGAGAAUAUUAUUACCCACCUACUUAUCGCCAUGACCACUCUCAACACCUCACGCACUUGCUCCCCAAUGCUCCCUCCUCCUCAUCCGUUUCCCCUCAAACCGGGUCCGAUGUUUCCGUUCGUGCUUGAGUGUUGCAUAAUGGAAUGGCACUCUGGGCGCCCCCAUCUACAGCCCGCAACACGGAGGGAAUGGUUACGCAAGGAAGCGAGAGGAAGCUUGAAUUCUAUUUCCUUUCCAUCGAGGAAUCGAAUAGGUUGUAAUUAACUUGUUAUAUACUAGCAAUAAAAUUAAGAUUACUGGAUACCAAUCAUCGCGCAUAACGUAUCGGGUUUUUGCUUUUUGGAGUUGGAAACAGGCAGGUGAACGGGAGCAGCUCUACACGUGUCAUCACGCUUCCG